AUGAGUCUACGCAGCCCGAAGCCGCAGGAACAAUACCGCUUUCGUCUCAGCAGCCCGACCCGCCGCCGCCGCAGCCUGCAUCGGAAUCCGGAAUUUGGCAUUCAUCAUCUCUUUCCUAGUGUUCUCAUCAGCAAACCAUCAGCUUCAACGUGGAAUGGCGAGACGAUUGUGGGAGAGUCACCCGCACACGCAGCGGAGGGCGCCCGCGCCGAGCUGGACGGGUCGCCCACCAUUGCUACGUUGAGCGACGUCUCGGCUCCGCCGACUUUGUUGAUGGCCAAAUCAAGAUACUUCUCUCCGAGUCAUUGGCUGCACUCAGUCAUUCUGAACCUACCAGCCUUGAAAUGGCUAGAUGAGGAGGUGUCUAAACAAGGGGAGUGCUGGCAAGGUCUCCAACGGUGCCGGGCUCUAGGGGAGAGUCUCAAAGCGCAGCGUCUAUUAUUGCGGUUCCCCGGGCAAUAUGGGUCCCAUCUGCCGGAUAAAGACACUUCGUCCAAGUUACUCGGAAACUAUCUUCGCACUUUCGAGACGAUCUACCGCAUCGUCCACGUACCAACACUCAAGCGGGAGCAUAAAGCCUUCUUAGAGAACAACGAAACCUCCCACACAAACUUCAUCAUCACUCUCCAGCUAUGCAUGGCUCUCGGCGCAUGCGUCAGCGAUGGAACCUUCUCAUUCAGACCACAAGCUCUUCAGUGGAUCCACGAAGCCCGCGAAUGGCUCGAGUCGUCCGAGAAGAGAAAAUUGACAAUGAGCGGCAUACAGAUUAUGUGCCUGGUCCACCUCGCUCAGCAGGCGACGGAGUCCUUGUACGGCGACCGCGUGUGGAUCCUCAACGGGACGUUGCUCCGGUCCGCCAUAUACAUCAGCCUCCAUCGGGACCCAACGAAGCUGCCGCGGAUGUCGGUGUUCCAGGCCCAGAUGCGGCGGCGGCUAUGGCUGACUGUGAUGGAGCUGGUGCUUGAUGCGAGUGUUGACUCUGGGCAGUCGCCUUUCAUCUCGGAGGAUGAUUAUGAUUGCGAGCUCCCGGCUGAUUUGAACGAUGAUCAGAUUGGGCCCGAUAUGGAGACGUUGCCGGCUUUGAAUACUGCUAACGCUUCUACGGACAUGUCACUUCAGAUCGCUUUGAAUCGUUCCAUCGGACUUCGACUAUCUGUAGCAAAACACUGGAGCAAAAUCAAACCGACUGGAGGGUACGCUUCCGUGCUACAGCUCGGGUCAGAAUUGGAGGCCGCACGCCAAUUACUAAACAAGACUCUCUCCUCCCUGCGUCCUGAAGCGUCCCAAUUUCAGCACCGCUUCUGCGACACAAUCCUCAUGCGGUACCUCUUCAUCCUCCACAUGCCAUUCGUUCCCCUCUCAAACCCUCUCUUCUGCCACUCACACAAAACCUGCGUCGACGCUGCCCUGGAACUAUCCUACCUCACCCUACCGGCCUCAUACCCGGACAACCCCUUCGUAGAAGCAAUUCGCAUGGUAUCAGGUAUCAAAGAGCCGUGUCUCGACUUCGACCGUCUCGUCACGUGCGGCUCCGGCUCGUUCAGGAUCACCAAGCACCUCGCGACGAGCAUGCUGGCCGCGGACCUGGCCUCGCGGGUAGCUGAGAACGGUGUCGCGAAGCCGGGCUCGGCGUUGCGGAUCGCGGAGGAGCGGUGGCUUCUCCGUGCGGGGGUGGAGUGGGCUGAAGCACGCAUCAGAGCUGGGCAGGAUAAUGUGAAGGAUUAUGUCUUCUUUGCGGUUGUACUGGCUGGUGUUGAGGCCCAGAUGAAUGAAGAAUCGGCUGAGAGGGCUAUGGAACAAGGGGGACGGGAGGUUAUUGAUAAGUGCGUGGAGAUUUUGACGGAGAUGGCGGGUGAUUACGCGGUGCCGCAGGGGAGCUUGGAUAGCGGCCCUUUGGAGGAUAUUGAGGCCACUGACUUUGCUCUAGGAGGACAGAAACAGAGCGGAAUCAUCACGUACGGCAUCGCACCAAAACGUCUCAAUCCGUUAGCUGGAGCCGCUCACAACGCCAUCUUCAACGUCUGGAGACGCUUCGCCGGCCAAUUCUGGUAUAUUGCGCCGCCGAUGGUUGCCGGGUGGUAUGUGAUGUACUGGGCUGAACAGAGGUGA